GGGCGCGCACGAGGCGACCGGGGGGGGUGCGAGAAGGAGGAGCACGGGUAGAACAAAGCCACGCUCUUCUCGUCGCAGUUCCUGGUGCGGCGCGGAGAGUCAGAUUUACGGACACAUGACACGUAGCAAAACAGUUGGCACGGAGACGCACCGGUUCUGCCUGUCGCUGUCACUUCCGCACGCACGGCACAGAUGAUUGCGCCAAGUGCUGCCGACUGCCGAGAACUGCGUUCCUAAAUUUAUCGCACGAGGCUCUCGACGUGGGAUCGACGUGGCUGGGAAGGUUAAGUGAUCCGCUGACGGGGAAUCCCGAGCGUCGAGCGCAUUCUUCCCCGCCUUUAAUUCUUCGCUCGAAAGUCGACUGGAUUAUCAACUGGCAGACCAUCGGCAAUCAUUGAUAACGUUGCGAUGCAGGAAAAUGCAUUCCGUGAUGCAAUUCCAGCUCGUCAUUGACCGGAUUGUCCUUUGCUGAAGGCGUCAGCGGGGAAUUACCAAGGAAAAAGAAGACAUCCAGGCUUUUCCAGCUUAUUCAUAAUACUUAUUCGUGUCGCACGCGAACGUACUUACUGCGUGUGAUCGCCCGAAACGUCUGAAGUUCAGAUAUUUUUUUGUUACGCAUGAAAGAACAGACAGCAUAAAAAACUUGUUAAAAUGAGUUACAAACGUUUUCUCACGGAAGGUAUAACGUGUUACAAUGGACAGUGGUAUUGUUAUCGUUGCAAGGUUACAUUACAAAAUCGAACAGAGGCACAGUGUCACUUGGAGGGCCCUCACCCGCUCAGCAGCACUCUAAUAUGUCAAUUUUUGCAGAAAUCUGUCAAAUUGACAAAUAAAAAAUGUAAAAAGUUAUUAAGACACGGUAUUAUAAUAAGGGACUUAGAUAUAGAGCUAGAUUACUUUUGCGUACAUUGCCAAGUUCCAAUUCCUUUAGAGUGUUACUCUCAUCAUUUUAACGAGGAAAAUCACCAAAAACAUUUAAAUAUGUCAGAACAUUCAAGUGAGCAGCAAAGCUCAGACGACAAUAAUACAAAUAACGAAAAAAAUAACUCCCCUGUAGAAAACUCAACGAAACGUACAACCGAAUCGAAUCUUUCUGAUACACAGCCAAUCCGUGAGAAAUUUACGAAAGAUUUCUUCGUAAAUACUAAUACUAACAAGCUAGAAAAGUCUGCAGGUAAACAACAAAAUUUAAAUAAAAAUACAAUUGACAAUAAAAAUAAAACCAAAUCGAAUCUUUCUGCUGAAAUACAGACAAUCCGUGAGAAAUUAACGAAAGAUUCCUUCGCAAAUUUUAACAUUAAUGGACUAAAAAAGCCUGCGGAUAAACAACGAAAUUCAAAUAACAAUACAAUUGCCAAUCAAAAUGUUCCUGUCGACGUUUCACCAGAUGGAAAUGAUUUAAAUCGAGAUCUUCCAAGCAACUUUACAGCAGAAGAGAAAAGUACAAUUCCUUUGAAGUCUUGUAACGAUUCUACGCAGACGGUAAAUGAAACUAUUGCAGAUGUGCCUUAUGCACUGAUACAGGAAGCUGAAAUGUCGAAACAUUUCUUGAUGCAACAUGCAAUACGAUAUGGACCAUGGUACUGUCAUGUGUGCAAAUGUAUGUUGUACAGCUUGACCGACGUGGAUCGUCAUUUGCAAGAAGGUCAUCGAAAUAGCGGCGCACAAACACCGGAUUUUUUGGACAGGUCCACCGAAUCGUCGAAUUGUACGGAUCUAUUAAAUCACGAAAUAAUAAUGCAGGAUAAACUGCAGGAUUACUUUUGCGUGCCUUGCCGAUGUUCUCUACCUUCUUUGGACCAUUUUUAUGAGCAUUCACUCGGGAAGAAGCACAUGCGCAUGCUCAAUUGUAAUACAAAAUUCAUAAACACUAAUAUUAAUAAUAAUGGACUAGAAAAGCCUACAGAUAAACAACGAAAUAACAAAAUUCACAUCAACGACAAUGAAAAUAUUCCUGUCGAUGCUUUACCAGUUGGAAAUAAUGGACUAGAAAAGCCUGCAGAUAAACAACGAAAUAACAAAAUUCACAUCAACGAGAAUCAAAAUAUUCCUGUCGAUGCUUUACCAGAUGGAAAUAAUGGACUAGAAAAGCCUGCAGAUAAACAACGAAAUUCAAAUAACAAUACAAUUGAAAAUGUUCCUGUCGAUGCUUUACCAGAUGGAAAUAAUGGACUAGAAAAGCCUGCAAAUAAACAACGAAAUUCAAAUAACAAAAAAAUUGAAAAUGCUUCUGUCGAUGUGUUAUCAGAUGAAAAUAAUUCAAUCAGAAACCUUCCAAGUAGCUUUACAGCAGAAAAGAAGAGUACAGUUUCCUCAAAGUCUUGCAACAAAAAUAGUAUCAAUAUUCUGCAAACUUAUAAAUAUGUUGAGACAGCUUUUUGCUGUUUAUGCGAUAUGUUCGUCUAUAAAACUACUGUGAGAAAUCAUAUGCGAGAAUCGGUACACAAUUAUGUUGCGUCUAUGUUAAACGUUUCCGAUCCGGUGUCGCACAUUAUAAAGUUAGAAGGGAAAAAGAAUAUUGUUACGGCGUUACAGUUAAAUAGUAAGAAGUUCGAUGGAACGGUAUGGCCAGAAUACGCAGACACAGACGCGGCAAAGUAUACUUGCGAUCAAUGCAAUAAGAUGAUCGAGGAGAAGGAUAUAAUAAAUCACGAAGUAACAGUGCACAAAAGUAACAUGGUAACUUCGAUGAGGUUCAUUCACGAUUGGUCACCUGAGAUUAAAAAUCUCAACGUCACUGGGAUUUGUUAUCCUCUGUUCAAAUGCUCGUUCUGCAAUGAGAUAAUACAUGGCAUAUUGUCGUUGGAACUUCACUUUUCGAAGUGCGAGCACAAGGAAAAUAUUAAACUAUUAAUUGACAUUAAGAGACGGGAGUAUGACGAUAGUUGUGAAAACUUUCAAAUUUACUUGGAGCCACUCGAAUUCCUGAGUCUAAUCUCUUUUGAGAAUAAUGGCGGAACCGUUCGAAUUCAGGAGCAACCUGUGAUGUACGUUAAAAAUCAUUAUACAACUCUGCGUGAGAAAGAGAAGAAGUUUACUUACAUUUGCUUUGAUUGUCGACUUAGAUUCUACGAGAUCCACGACGCAAUUAUCCAUUUAUGUACAUUAACACAUUUGCGGCAGUAUAAAAAUAUUUUUCACACAUAUAAUUAUGUACACAAUGUAUCUGCGUCAGGCGAGCUUAACGUGAACGAAAGUGAACGUGAAGUAAAGUCUCCAGUUUCCAGGAAGGAUGCAUCAAUUGAUAACGCAUCAUUGAAGAAACGUAAGGACGAUGAAAUGCAAGUAAAUACAGGACAACAUCGCGAUCUCAAUUUGAAAGCUGAAGUUGCUACUGCCAGUAGCAAAAAUGGUGGAUCGCGUCAAAAUGAGGAAAACAAUUCUGGCUUUUUCAUGUCGCUCGAUGUAUUCAUGGAAAUUGAUGCAUUAAUAAAAAAAUUUAUACCGACUCAGGGCACGCAUGUGGAUUUCAAUAAGGGGAGCGCUCUGGAACGUUAUAACAAAAGUUACGAGAAAGAAUUUCUUGACUUCGAGGAAAUCAUGUUUACCUGCAAUGAAAGGAAGUUGAAGGAGAUUAAAUUGAAUCUACGGUUUAUCCAUCCGCAAAAUCUUGACAAAAUGCUCUGUCUUAUAUGUAACGAUUCUCUGUUAUGCGAUGUGCAAGCAAUAUAUGAGCAUAUAAAUUCUAAGGAACACGUUACAAAAUUUGUAAAAUUGUAUAAUGACAAGGAAGAGUUCGAAUUGUUGUUGGAUUUAAUCAAACCCGCGUAUUACCAAUAUGCCAUGUGUUUUGCUUGCAAUACGCACAUAUUGGGAAGAUCUAACGUGGAUUACAAGAAUCAUACGGAUUGUUCCGCGCACAAGAAAAAUCGUCAACGAUUGCUCGGUCAGGUGGAAAGCGUAUUGAAAAAUUUCGAAAACUUGUGGUACAGUAUUCAGUAUUUCACUUGCGUCGACUGCAGCAUGAGGUUCAAAAUGAAGAUACAAUUUAUGGAGCAUCUCAAUGCCGCGCAUCGUGCAGUCCUGACGACCAAGUCCAACUCGAUGUUCGAUUUCUGCUUGACAUGCGCCACUUUAUGGUACAAAAAUGAAAGUAAUUCCAAAGACGUCCGUAAAAGUUAUGAAAACCACUGUCAGCAACGGAUGCAUCUGUAUCUGAGGCAAAAUAACGAUUUCGCAAUCACGCCGCUGCCGCAGCCUCUGCAAAAGUUGUUGAGAGACGUCAACGGAAUUGCUGCUAAUCUGUUCAAACUGUCCAACGACGCAUCAAACGAUCCGAAAGUGACCCGAUUCAUGGAUGAUUUAAAGCGCAUCUUCAAAACACAUCGGCUACCUGUAAAAGUAUACAUGUUUGGUUCAAGAGUCACUGGCUUAGCAUCGACAAACAGCGACAUUGACGUAUAUCUUAAUUUCGGUGACGGGUAUACCGGGCCUGAAUCGAUUAAGAGAAGAAGCAAGCAGAUUCAAGAUUGUCUACGUACCGACCAUGAGAAUUGGGAUAUAGAAUUGACUUUGGCCAAGAGCAGAACGCCUAUAAUAAAGGUGAAACACAGGUCAACGGGGCUGCAGUGCGAUAUCUCGUUCACGAGUGGCCUGUCGGUAGAAAAUUCCAAGUUUAUUAGGUCUUUCAACAUCGCGUAUCCGCCGUGUCAAAAGUUGAUACUGUUCCUGAGGAAGUGGCUCUUGCUGGGAGGUUUGACCGGUACUGUCGGAAUUCACGGAAUAUCGAAUUACGCCCUUGUCUGGCUGGUCAUCUUUUAUUUGCAAGUCAAAUUAAAAAAAAUACCGAGUAUUGCUACCUUAAUCCAAAACCACAAACAGUCGAAAAUCGUUUCUGGUUGGGAAGUUGGAGUCAGUGAUACUAUUUUUAUCAAGGAACUGGAACAUCCGAUACACGAACUGUUGUUAGGAUUCUUCGAAUUUUACGGAAAUUUCGAUUACAUGCAUUUCGUCGUGUGUCCGUUAUUGGGCAAGGUAUGCCAGAAGACGGCUUUUGCCGAAGUAUCAACUUUGCCUGAUUCCAUGGCACGUUACGUUGAACAGUUGAAGAUCAAGAAGCCGGAAUAUUUUCGCGUUGAUUCAUCUAUGUGCGUGCAAGAUCCGUUCGAUCUCUCGCACAAUUUAACGAAGGCUGUGUCGAUUUCAACGCUUAAACGCUUUAAACACUAUUGUAAUGAAAGUUUUUCAGCGACGAAAGUUUAUUAGUAAUAAAAAGCUUAUUACGUAACAUUAUUGCAACUUUAUCGAACAAAGAACGAAUUUUGUCACGCAAAAUCAUAUAUUUUUAAAGAGUUUUUAAGAGCAAUUGUUAAGAGAUUAAUUAUUUUCAAUUUGAAUUAAUAAUCAAAUGUCGCUAAAUGAAAAUAAUCUUAUGCACAGCGAUAAAGUUGCAAUCUUGUAUCUUUUAUAUUUUAUAAUAUCUUAUUGUACCUUUUUAUAAUGCUUGCAGUAUGCAUUAUAAUCUUGAUGCAGUAUUACAUAUUUUUCAAGAAUCAUAUCUUGAUAAAAUAACGCCUUAACGAAGUGAAAUUUUGGAUUAUUCAAUUCAUAACUUUAAAGUGAAGGGCCAAAUGUAUGCGGUGUAUACAUUUCAUACAGCUUUAUUACUUUUUACUUUAUAAUUUUAUUUUUUUCUAUGUAAUGUGCAUUUACGUGUGUUUCUAUUUGAUAUUGAGGCAAAAACUGAUUGAUUAGGAUUGUGUUAAGCUGCAGCUUUCAUUUUGAUAUAAUAGAUAUCUAUUUUCCCGAAUGAGGGAAAUAUAUCACGAUUUUCUCUGUAUGCGAUUUUAUUUUACAACUUAUAUGAACUGUAAUAUCGUUAAAUGGAGGGCAUUACUAUGUAAAGUCAGUUUUCUAUUGUAAUUUAUAUCACAUUAUCAUUGUUAUAAUAUAUAAUGUGAUUCUUAAAGCAGAUGGUGCUUUCAGGGAACAAUUACCUCAGCAGCGUUAUGUUUUUAUAACACAUGUGAGAAUUUCGUAUAAACUGUAUAUUCAUAUUUUAUACUUUGUGAUAUCAUAUUUCGUUACAUACUUAUUAAUGUUCAUUGCAUCAUUUUAUAACAAGUUACUGUUUGCUCGACAAACAAAUUAACUUUAUCAUAGACAUUUAAUAACACGUCAAUACGGUUUUUUACACUGAAAUAAAGGUAUAAGAGGAAGUUGAAAGAUUUCUAAUGUAUAUCAAAUAAAAUUUCUAUAUUCACGUA